AAGAAACUCAUCUACAUCUUGGAUGGCCUGAGAGUAAUUACAUUUUCAGCAAAUGUUCAUUUUUGAGUCAACUAUUCCUUUAAGGGAGUUUGUCUGUUUAGUAAGUGUUUUAUGAAAAAACAAAAUGAAGUGUCUGCUGCAGAGGCGUUUUUCAUCACAUAACUUUAAAGCUCAUGGUAGAUCUGCUUUAAAGCUUUAAUUUUGAGGAAAAUUGGUAAAAUACAUGGGAUUUUAUUUCUGGACCCCAACAGUUGUGGUCUGUUAUAACCAACAGCACUGAGACACUGAGUGCAUUAGGCAUGCUGUGAAUUUGCCUGCAUGUUGGUGUGUUUAUUUGUCUGUUUGCACAUGUGUGUCUCCUACAUCUCGUUUGAUGAAUGCAGCUGGCCUAGAUUCACAUAUCACAGCGUGCGUUUUCAAGAAGUUCAUUCACAAAGCCAGAAAUUGGUCCAUCCACUUGCAGACCUGAUGAAUAAGUCUGAGAGCGUCAUUAUGGCGCAAUUACGCUCUGUUUGGUGGCCAUUAGAUGAACGUGGAAGUACAGCACAGCCUGAGAUUGGUAUCAUUAUCAGAGCCGUGAGAGGAAAUGACACGCCGCAGAUGAGACGAUUGCGGUUUGCGUUUACAUUCAUAAUAAUUUACAUAGCAGACGGACGGUUGCUUGCCAGACCGACUUACACAGCAGUCUGGGUUUUAGAGCGUAUUUUCGCUACUUGUUCAUAACUUUUUUCCCUUUUUUUUUAUAUAAAAGUUUCAGAACUUCAUCAAAACUUCCUUCUAACUCCAAAAAAAACAUUGAUUGAAAUUAAACAGCAGAAGCAUCUUGUUUGCACUAACACAUUGACAUCUACAAGAUAAUAAAACACUUCCAUCCAGCCACAAUAAAAUAAUAAAAAGGUAGAAAAGUAGAACGGAGACCAUUAUUCAUAAAAAGCUUGACAAAUGAUGACAAUUAUGUACAAUUUUAUGCAUAAAAGUGGGCAUACAGAAGUUUUAAAAUCACAACAGCCAAAAAUUAUUUAAAUUAAUAUUUCAGAGACUGAGUGCAAAAUGAUUUUUUUUCCCCACAGUUUUUUCCUACGAUAUGCACAAUUUUGAUGCAUGAAUUACAAUUUUUCUCAAAUGCUAGGUCUCAUUUAACAGACAUCACAACAUAAUCAUAGCUAUUUAUGUAAUAUGCAUGUAUUUCUGACAGAUUUUGUUUUGCAUUUGAUGGCUCACAUGAUGAAAAAAUGUUUGAAAUUUUACAUGCAUCAGUUUUGAUCAACAAGCCAUGUGCAUUUAUGCAAACUGUAAACAAAUGCACUUUUGUGCCAAAACACAUGCAGUUUGCUUAAAUGCAUUAGAAAUUUAAAGCUAGUGGUAACAAGACAAGAAUUGUUCAGAAAUCUGGAUGCAUUGUUUCGAGAAACAAAAUUCACCUUUGAGCCAAAGUGGGUAAAACUGAGAAAAAACUAUAAAUGUUUUGGGUGAGUUACUAUGCAUACAUGCAGCAGAGUUGUGAAUGUGAUGUCCCAUAAAACAGUUGUGACAACUGCAUUUGCAUGAGCCAAAUCGUUUGAUGAAAACAAAUACCACAUUAAACUAAAAAAAGUUUUACACUGUGCUAUGUUGCAAAUGUCAAACAUGCAUUAAUGCAGUCGUGCACAGCGGUCGUGUGUGUAGUUUUAGGCUGCCGGGUUUCACGUGGCGAAGCGUUCACACUUCAGAGUGACACCAAACGCUCGGCAGCGUCAUGCUUUUCAAAGGGCGUCUGUGGGGUGUUGUUGCCAUAGUAACCAGCAGCAGCCCUGAGGCUCACCUGCGGCUGUCAAGCGUGUGUUCCCUCAUGACCUGCACAGGUAGAGACGGCCGAAACACACACAUUCACACAUUCUCACUCACACACACUCGACAUGGAGACGGUGAAGAGCUCUUCUCAGCCCGCUUACAGCCGCUGGUCAUACAGACCCUCCAGUUCUUCCAGCUUCGCGUCCACCGCCAUGACCAGCACUCUGGAGGACGACAGUCUGAACCUCAGACAGCAGAAACUGGAGAAACAGAGGGCGCUGUUGGAGCAGAAGCAGCGGCGGAAGCGCCAGGAGCCGCUAAUGGUCCAGCCGAACUCAGAGGGACGUCCGCGCCGAUCACGGCCCCGCCGCAGUGAAGAACAAGCGCCGCUCGUGGAGCCGCACCUCAGCACUGCUAGUGACAUCAUUUUAGAUGGCAUCGAUGGUCCCGCGGCUCUGCUGGGUUCAGAAGCUCCAGAUCUGGGCAGUAAGAUCCAGGUUCUGUCGGUCAGUCCGCCGCAGCAGCCCUCGCCGCCCGCCGCAGAAGAGCUGGAGACAGAUGCAGAUACCGACACGCUGCUGGAGCCCAAAACGGACAUACACACACUGCUGCAGAGACGCGGACUUUCUGGCAGCAUGAACUACGACGAGGCCAGCGAGGAUGAUGACGAUGAAGCUGAAGAGCGAAGCCGAUCGCUGUCGCCGAACACGGAGAGCACGCGGCCUGCGUCGGCCUCCAGCACCAAAUCCACCACGGAGUGUAUCCCAGUGAGUUCUCCAUCAGCUGAAGGCUCCUCCAUUGAGGUGGAUAAUCUAGAGGAGUUCGUGCUCCGUCCGGCUCCGCGGGGAGUCACGGUCAAGUGUCGCAUCUCGCGGGAUAAGAAGGGCAUGGACCGCGGCCUCUAUCCCACAUAUUUCAUGCACCUGGAGAGAGAAGACGGCAAGAAGGUGUUUUUACUGGCCGGACGCAAGAGGAAAAAGAGCAAAACAUCCAACUAUCUAAUCUCUGUAGACGCCACAGAUCUGUCCCGUGAGGGCGAGAGCUUUAUAGGAAAACUGAGGUCUAAUCUGAUGGGAACCAAGUUUACUGUGUACGAUAACGGCACGAACCCCUCGAAAACCCCCGGAGCGCUGCUGGAGGAGACCAACACACGGCAGGAGCUGGCCGCCAUCUGCUACGAGACCAAUGUUCUGGGCUUCAAAGGGCCGCGGAAGAUGACCGUGAUCAUUCCCGGUAUGAACAUGAACUUCGAACGGGUUCCGGUUCGGCCCGCAUGUGAGCAGGAGUCUCUGCUGAGUAAAUGGCAGAAUCACUCGGUGGAGAAUCUGAUAGAGCUGCAUAAUAAAGCGCCGGUGUGGAACGACGACACGCAGUCCUACGUGCUGAACUUCCACGGCAGAGUCACUCAGGCCUCCGUCAAGAACUUCCAGAUCGUCCACGACAACGACCCUGACUACAUCGUAAUGCAGUUUGGCCGUGUGGCGGAAGACAUCUUUACUCUGGACUAUAACUACCCCAUGUGUGCUCUGCAGGCCUUUGCUAUCGGCCUGUCCAGCUUCGACAGCAAACUGGCCUGCGAGUGACCAUGUGACACACGACACCCCUACACAAACACGCACACACACACACACACACACGGCCUCUUCACUCAGGACACUAGAGCACAAUUAUCCUCACUGCCUGAGGAAGAGGAUAUGUGCUAUAUCACAAUAAUUAGAAACAAAAGGACCAAAUUAAUUGUUUUGUAAAGGAAACACGUUGAAUCAUUUAACCUUCUACUACCUGGAAUAACUGACAAGAUGAUCCUGCAGCUUAUUUUCCUGGUUUCUUUUUCUGAAAAAGAGAAGAUUCGCUGGAUUCAUGCGGAUUUAAUGGACCAAUAGGAAAGAAACUGAGGGAUAUUCUGAAACUGGGAGAUUUUAUUUAGGAUUUUUAUGAUGUUUUCUCUGAUGUUUUGUAAGUGUCUGAUGGAUUUGAACAGUAUGUUGUUAGGGACAAUCUCACACAAACAUUUUGAGGUCAGAUUUUUAUUGAAACUUGUUUCUGCCACGGGAUAAAAGAAAAAAAAAAGAAAUUGUGACUCACAACUGUGAUAUUAUAUCUCACAAUUUAAAUCUGACAAUUUUGCAUUUAUAUCUCCCAAUUCUGUUUAUAUCACACAAUUUUGCCUUUAGAUCUCGCAAUUCUGGGAUUAUGUUAGUUCAGUUUUUAUCUUGCACUUCUGCAUUUAUAUUGCAAUUCUGAGCUUAUGUCAUACAGUUCUGCAUUUAAAUCUCGCAAUUCCAAUUUCGUUUAUAUCUCGCAAUUUUGAAUUUAUAUCUCACAAUUCACUUUGUCUUGCAAUUCUGAGUUUAUUAAUUGUUAGUUCAUAUCUCUCAACUCUGUGUUCAUAUCUCGAAAUUAAGAUUUUUCUCUUUUUCUCACAAUUCUGAAUUGCACAAUAAAGUCACAAUUACUUUUUUAUCCCAAGGAAACAAGCUUCCGUAGAUUUCAUCACUGAAAUUAAAAGAAAAAAAGAAGUUACAUUUAGCUUCUUUUUUUUUUUUUUUUAAAUCAUGUAAUAGAGGAUUAUAGGAAUUACAGUAAAUUAUCCAGAUGCAUUAUGGUGGCUAAAUCUUCCAUAUCUAAAAAAAAAAAAAAAAAAAAAAAAAAAAAGCUUAAUUUUCUUUAGGUACAGUAUAAUUUUUUUUUCUUACUGUUAUCAAGAUGACAUCAAGGUGUCCUGGAUGUGUUUUCAUGAGAUUUACAUUUUUUAUUUGGAUAAUGUUGAUGUAUUUUUUGCAUGUUCGAAUAUGACAUUUUUAACACCUGUUUUUAAACGUGGUCCGUUAUUUGACUUUUCACUAGUCUUUGCUCACCAAAAAAUCCCUGAGGAAACACACUGCAUGUUAAUAAAAGAGGAGAAGCGCUGGACUCUUUGUUAACCUUUAAAAACUGACGCACACUUCCGGUUCUUACCGCUGCUGCAUGAAUCGUGAACGUUGCCUUAACACGUGGCUGUAGUGUAAAUAGAGCCUGAAUGCUGGGAAGAGCGUUUACAUCAUGAGAAACUGUAGAAAAAGGGAAGUUCAAGCACAUUUGUUCCUGUUCAGUGUGUUUCCUAUUGAUAUGAUUGAUGUGUGUGUUGAUGUUCAUCAUAUGUUGUGUGUCUGUCAGCCAAGAGUGUACUGAUAUAUAUAUAUUAAAAAAACAUUUUGUUUUCCUUUUAAACCAAUUACCUGUUUGCACAAACUGUAUUUUAUGAUGACACUGUUGGUAGAAAUACAGUAAUUAAAAGUCAUAAAUAUGAAAACAAAAAUGCAUUACUGUUGAUCCUGAUCAUGUGACACAUGGGCUUCAAACUACAUACGGGCCUUCUAGUAGUUAAAUACAAGUAUUUUACUCA